CGCGCGGAACAGCGCCCCCCGGCGGCCGCGCCGAGAAGCGAGCGGCGGCUGUUCCUGAAGCAGCUCCGAGCGGCGCUCUGCAUUCAUCCGCGGCGGAGGACGCUUCUCUCGGCUGAUCUGGACUCAGGAGGACGAGGAUGUUACCAAGGCUCGGGCCAAUAGAUCGCGGAUGAUGAGGCUUCGCUGCAUCUCUACAGGCAACCGCUUUUCUCAUCUUACCACCGAACCUGUGUGUGAAUGAAUCCCGACGGGCAGGAAAACGUUUAGGAUUAAAGGAAUUAACUGUAAGACAGUAAGAUGGCUUUGGCGAGUGGACACUGGGUUGACAAGGAGAUGGCAGGAGUCCCACCGAGCCCCAGAUAUGGGCACGCGAUGACCGUAGCAGGAAAUAUCGCGUUCUUGUUUGGAGGAGCGUCCGGCGCCAUCACAGAGGAAGAACCUCCAGUGUAUCUGAAUGACUUUUACAUGAUUACAGUUUCACCUGAUCGAGUUACGUGGGAGCUGAUGCCUCAGAAAGGUGACGUUCCCACAGGAAGAGAAGGACACACUUUAUGUGUUGCUAAAGGGAAACUGUACUUGUUCGGAGGCUCUUCGCAUCCUGAAGCUGAAGCGUGUCUCCCAGGCGUGCACUGCUUUGACAUCGUGACGUUGACGUGGGAGAAGCUGGAGACCGGAGGAGUGUGUCUGCGCUCUCUGAGACACAGCGCAGCGGCUCUGGGAGACAACAUCUACGUGUUCGGAGGCCUUCUGAACGGCGUCCCUACGGAUGACCUCAUGAUGUUCAACACCGUGUCGUUAAAUUGGAUGCCUAUUAAAGCUACAGGAGCUCUGCCUCCAGCAAGAUACGAUCACUCACUAGCGGUGGUGUGCGAGCAGAUCUUCAUGUUCGGCGGCUCUUCAGAGGACGGCUCUCAAAGCAGAGACAUGCACGCACUGAACACAGAGACUCUGGUGUGGGAACAGUGUAAGGUAAAAGGAGAGGGUCCGGUUGUUCGCGCCGGUCAAACCUUCACACCACAUCAUGACAAGGAUAUUUACUUAUUCGGAGGAACCAUCACUAACCCAGAGGGAGUUGUGUCAUCAACCAAUGAAAUUCACAAAUUAAGCAUCGCAAAGAUGAAGUGGAAAGUCCCUCUGUAUGUCGGCAUCCCUCCCUCCAGACGACACGGACACACGGCUUUCAUCGUCCACAGCCAUCUUUAUGUGUUCGGAGGCAAAAAUGAAGAGCAAGAUUUCAACGACUUGAAAAUAAUGAAAUUAAUAAACCCCUCGGAGAGACAGCCAGUGAUGAAGGAGAUCUUGUCUGAGUUCGGGCUGCAGGGUGUCAGUAACAGCUUCGCCCCGACAAAGAUUCCCAACGUGAAAUAUGAGCUGAGUCCAUCUCCAGUGACCGUGAAGAGCUACAGGACUGAAAACACUCAGGUGAGCGUUCACAGAGACUUCAGUGCCGUCCGGGACGAGGCCAUGAACAUGAUCCACAAAGCUUUUUCCAUGUUAGAUGAGGAAUUCCAGAAACUAGACAGAGAGAAGGAAGCGCUUGCACGAGACGCCGAGGCCCUACGACACGAGCGAGGCGCUCAGAGCCAGCAUCUGCUGAGACAGAAACAGGAGCUUCAGGAGAUGCUGGAACGACACCGGACUCAGAACGAGGCCUGGCUGCGAGCGCGAGCGGACGAGAACGACAGGGAGAGGAAGGAGCUGAGUAAACUCAGGGAGGACGUGCUCCAGGAGCAGGAGAAGCUGAAAGAAGAGCAGUGCAAUAUCCAAAAACGCAGUGAGCAGCUCCUGUCCAUUAUGCAGCAGUUCAAAGGCAUGUGAAGACACUGUCUCCAUGGCAACCGCAGAGAGAGACGGCCCGAGUUUUGUUUAGGAAACAGCGAGAUUAUUGAUGCCACUCCCUUACAGAGAGAGACUUGUGUGUGUGUGUGUGUGUGUGUGUGUGUGUGUGUGUGACAGCCUCAUUACCAGAGACACCUGUAGAGCACAGGAUGAUC